GACCCACUUUGUUUAUUUAGUUUCUACACACAGAGGGAGAAGAGAGAGAGAAAAAUGAGAGGGUUUGUGGCAGAUAAACUGAUAGAAAACUUCCCAACCUCUCUUCUUUAACUUUUACUACUCUCUACGUUUUUCUCUUCCUUUUGUGGUGCAGCCUCCAACUGAAAGUCCCCUAUAAUAUAUAUCCUCAAUUAUUCUAGCUCUUGGAGAGAAGUCUUAUCUCACGCCAAUCUCUCAUUUCCCACUAUGAGGAAUGAGGAUAAUUACUUAGACCUCAACAAUCUGCCAGAUGAUUUUUCUAGAGAUGGCAAUAAGCAAACCCUGGAGGAAGGUUCUUCCUCUGGUCAAAGAAAGAAGAAAGGUAGUAAAGAAGGGAAAGAUGAGAGCGGGAAGGUGUACGAAUGUCGAUUUUGUUCACUGAAGUUCUGCAAAUCCCAAGCUCUUGGUGGCCACAUGAAUCGCCACCGACAAGAGAGGGAGACGGAGACAUUGAAUCAAGCCCGUCAACUGGUCUACCGUAACGAUACCUUAACCCCACCAGGAAUUACACCUUUCGGAUAUCAAACCGCAGAUCCAACAAUAUACCGGUCGGUUUACUCUUCACCGAUGCUAUAUACCGGAAGCUCCUCAACAAACUUGGUUCCCCAACCGCUUCAACCACCAUAUCCAUACUCUUCAAACCAAUACUCGCCCUACAACAACAUCAAUGAUUAUUACUUCAGCCAAUCCUUUCGAGGCAAUAGAAGCAUCUCUCCAAACCCUAAUCUUCCCACAACAACAACCGUUAAUUACAUGGCUGGUGGUCCUGUGGAAUCAAGCUACACUUGCGUCGGUGAACCCAUUGAUCAGACCGGUUUUCCUAACCGUGGCUCCGCCAAAGUCCGUGCACCCCCGCUGGAACCGCCACAAGUUCGUGACGGUGACGCUUCACGGCAGCGUUUGGAUCCCUCUCUUAGGUUACCAAUCAACCGGUUUCAAGAUCAUCACUCGCUCUGAGUUUUAACAUGUGUUCCCUGCUUCUUUUAUUUAUUUUCUUCUUUUAGGGUAUUUUCUUGUUCUCUUAUUUUGUUUAAGUCGUCGAGAAAGUAGGGUCUCGAAUUGUCUAAAACGCCACGGAUCCUACAUGUGUUGUCAGCCAAUUGCCCGCUUGUUGUUGUUCUUUUUUGUUCUAUUUUAGUUGAAAUAAAGAUAUUAGGAUCUAAAUUAUCUCG